AUGCGCUGGCCUCUCGCCUCGCUGCUCGGCGCCAGCGUCCUCCUCGCCUCGAGCGCCGCCGCUUCGCCAGCAGCGCCCGCAGCGCUCUCGCGCCGCGCGCCGGUGCCCGCAGGCGGCGAUGUGGACUUCUACAACCCGCUCAAUCGCACGGGCGGGCACAUGCUCUCGAUCCUCCCCGACUCUGAUCUCGGCGAGCCCAUCAACGUCAUCAUCUCGGGCCGGAGCUCCAAGAGCGUGCUCUCUGUCGAGGGCUUUUUGCUUUGGGCUACAUCGGUCCACUUCGGCGUCUCCUGCCUCGGCCAGGCGAACGGAACGCAGCAGCUUGCGAAUCUGGGCGAUGGACAGGGCAAUCAGACGCAGGGCUCGGGGGACGGGAACAAUGGCGUGAUGCGGUGGAACUACUACGACCCAUACAUUGGCACCUGCAAAGAGACGCUGAUUGGCGGCAACCACUUCCGCUGGUGGCAGCAGAUCGGCCCUGACGCCAACAGCGGUGCCUACUUCCUCGCCGUCUCGAACGAGGCCAACUUGGCGCGACACCACGAGAUCGUGGUGAACGGCUACAACACGGGGCGCGACGAGCUCGUGGGCAACGCCACCUUCCCGAACGGCACGACGUGGGAGGGCAACUACUACCAAGCGACGGUGGAGUGGAUCGAGGCGGGCGUGUUGCUCAAUGACUCCAGCUUCGGCAUCAAUCAUGCGCCGCGCGUCAACCCGCCCGGCGGCGAGGCUCAGGAUGGCAGAGUGGCGCUGCUUACCGUCAUCCAGACGGUUGUCUCGCCUCAGGCCACGUGA